AUGGCUCGCCUCACAAGUCUGUUGAUGGCUGUUGCCGCUGUUGUCGGUACUGCCCAAGCAACCCUUCCCACGGAAUGGACACCCAUUUGCAAGGAGAUCGAGGCCAAGAUCUCGAAGGCCAGCGAUGUCAUCUACCCGAUCCAGGCUGUCUCCUUCACGUCAGCCAUUACCCAUUGGUUCUGGUCGUCCUAUGAGAAGCCGUCGUGCGUAUUCGCACCUGGGUCUGCAGAGGAUGUGUCGAUUGCGCUGCAGAUUAUUGGCGCUACCAAGACCCCUUUUGCCGUCCAGUCUGGCGGUCACUCGUCGAACCCAGGCUUCUCCAGCACCAAGGGUGUACACAUCUCGCUCAAGAGGCUGGACCAGGUGAAGCUGUCUGAGGACAAGAGCGUCGCCGAGAUUGGCUUUGGUAACAUCUGGGUUGAUGUGUACAAGGCCCUGGAAGGUACCGGCAGAAACGUUGUUGGAGGAAGAGUGCCCGGCCCGGGCGUUGGUGGCUUCACCCUCGGUGGUGGAUACUCCUGGAAGACCAGCCAGUAUGGCCUGACCUGUGACACUGUCAAGAGUUUUGAGCUUGUCCUUCCCAACGGAACCAUUACCAGGGUAUCCAAGACCCAGAACCCCGAUCUCUUCUUUGCCCUCAAGGGCGGUUUGAACCGCUUCGGCAUCGUCACCUCGGCUGAAUUCUACACCCAUGAGCAGCCCGACAAGGUCUAUGGCGGUCUCGGUAUCUAUCCCACCAGUGCAGUUGACAAGAUUCUCAACGCCACUUCUGAGUUCGCGAACCUGAACAAGGAUCCCAGGACCCAGAUUAUCACCACCCUCGAGGGCAGUCCUCUGGGUACCACUGCUUUGGUCCUGUUCUUCCACGAUGGUCCUGAGAAGCCGGCCUCGUUUGAGGUGUUUGACGAAAUCAAGCCGCUGAUCAAGGCUGUCAAGGCUCAAAGCUUCGUCAGCUUUGUGAACACCUUUCCUGCGCAGGUUCGCCAGUUGACCAACAUUCGUGGUGGUUUCAUCAGCUUUUCGACCACUGAGCUGUCUCAGACUUUCCUGGAGGCCAUCAGGCAAGAGACUGAUGCCCUCAACAAGAUCAUGGGUCUCCACGGCGGCAUCACCGUCAGCUAUGACAUUGAGCCCUUCACCAAGUACGGCGAGCACGCCACCGAGAGUGCUUUCCCGCACACCGAGUCUCCCCUUCCGCUCAACAUCUACUUCGCGUGGUCUCUUCCCAAGAACGACGAGUUCUGGUACGGCCGCAUGAAGCAGACCCUUGAGACGCUCAAGAAGGUGGCCAUCGACGACGGCAUCUACAGCGAUGCCUUCACCUACUACCCCAACUAUUCGCUCUUUGACGCGACUCCGGAGGAGCUGUAUGGCAACGAGAACGCGGCGCGGUUGGCCAGGAUCAGGGACCAGAUUGACCCUAACAGGAUCAUGGAGCUGGCCGGUGGUUACAAGAUCUAA